AUGGCCCCUCGCUCGUGGGCUCAGAUCGUCGCCACGGGCACAACGCCCAAUCCCAGUCCUCUUCGCCAAGAGUUCUUAGUAGACUCACAAUCUCCCAGCCAAAGCCCGCCUCCUCCCCUGCCCUCCGCCGCUGACUUCCCAUCCCUCACGGGAUAUAAUGGGGAUGAGGGGCAGGGGCAGAAUAUCGCAGCCUCACCGGCUGGAAGCCCCAGCCCUCCCUCUGGCCCCAUCUCGGCGGGAGAAGUUGAGGAGGGUGGUGUUGUCUCUUCCCUUUUGAGGGGGAGCGACCCAUCUUCCUCUUCUCCUCCACCCAUCACGAUUCUCAACCGUGAUACCACCACCAUCGCCGAGAUGGUCAACCAGAAGAGACAGGAGAAGCUUGCUGCGAAGAAGGCGGUGGCGGAGGCGGCCCGUCAGUGGCUUCUGCCGGAGAUUCCUGCCAUUUCCAUGGUCAGCUCUUCGUCGGCUGCUGCUGGCGCGGCUGCUUCUGCUGCCGCUAUCGACGCGGCCAACGUCCCGCUUCCGGCGGACGAGGAGAUCAAGGAGGAGAAGGGGAAGGGACUGGCGAUCCCGACCGAAGAGGAGGCGACUGGCGCCUCGUCCGAGGCUUCGGCUAAGGACGGGGCGCUCAGAAGAGCCAUGAUCGCCUCGCUUGAGCGAGACCAUCGCGCGGAGCUCCUCCUUAACCGGGAAUCCCACAACGUGUUCCUCACUCUCAAGGAGGGCACCAUGAUCGGUUGUCAUCGCGACAUCCUCACCUCAGACGCGCCGAAAUUGGCCGAGUUGCUUCCUCCGGCCGAUGCGAACGGCGGUACUCAUCUCGACAUGAGAGACUGCACGAUGUCUUAUCUCAGUCCUCUCAUCUUCUUCAUCUACAAUGGCGAGCUUCCCGGCAAUCGAUUGAGCCAAGAUGAUAUCUGGGACAGUCGACCCAUCUUAUACAACGCCAUGUUCCAUGGCCCGGCGUUUCGCUUCGGCGUCUCGUCGCUCUUCAAGUUCCAGCUCGACAACAUGCUGGAGGCGUAUGAGGUGUACCGCGUCGCGCUCGGCGGCCGAUACUUCUACUACCAGGUCACCGACUUUGACAAGUUGGCCGGCUUUGAGAUUCCGUUCCGAAUGGCCUUGGUCCACUUGUACCUCGACAACCCUUACAUCGACGACCUCAAGGAGAUGAAGGUUGCUCUUGCCAAGGUGGCGACCGUCGUUCUUCCUUUUCUGCGCCGUCAGCCCUCGUUCAAGCUGAUCAAGAAUCUCUGGGAGAGCCUUCCCUUCCCCUGGCGUUCCGAGUGGGAGGAGUUCUACCACGAGGGCCUGCUUCCCGACUUCCCCAAGAUCUUUGAUGAGAAUAUGGAGUGGGCAGAGGAAAAGGUCGACGAGAGCCGCUUCUACUACGAGGAGCCUGCCGACGCCGCCGGUCCGUCUUCGCGUCCUGCCUUGUCUGGUCCUGCCAAUGUGCCAUUCCACCAGGAGUCUGUUGACGAGAUGUGCCGCCGCCUUUCCGGCUGUGGUCUUGAUCCUGGUUACCCUUUCGCGCGCUAA